CGAAUGGCGGGAGAGCAUGGCCAGAGCUUUAGAGCAGGGCGCGGCCAUCGGUGACGCAUGCCAGGGAGCCGGCGCCCGCGAUUCCACCAUUAGCGAGGCCUCACACCCAGCGCUUCAAGUUCGGGGCUGGAGGCGUCCCUGCUUCCUCCUCUAAGAGGCGGGUCGGCCCCGCCCCCGCGCCCCGGGUCGCUUGCCCGCGGCCCCGCCCACCUCCUACUCCUGGCCUCCCCCGGCGCAGCGCACUCCCCGCCGGCCCGCAGCCUGACACGCCGCGCGGUCCCUCAGUCUCCUGCGGUCGCCUCCCCAGGCAUGGCACAGGGCCUCGCCACACUAUGGCAGCAGCAAGACACAGCACGCUCGACUUCACGCUCGGCGCCAAAGCUGAUGGUGAGGCCAUUCUGAAAGGCCUUCAGUCCAUUUUUCAGGAGCAGGGGAUGACAGAGUCAGUGCACACCUGGCAGGACCAUGGCUAUUUAGCAACUUACACGAACAAGAAUGGCAGCUUUGCCAAUUUGCGAAUUUAUCCACAUGGAUUGGUGUUGCUGGACCUUCAGAGUUACGACAGUGAUGUGCAAGGCAAACAAGAAACUGACAGUCUUUUGAACAAAAUAGAAGAAAAAAUGAAAGAAUUGAGUCAAGACAGUACUGGGCGGGUGAAGCGAUUACCACCCAUAGUUCGAGGAGGGGCCAUUGACAGAUAUUGGCCUACUGCUGAUGGGCGCCUGGUUGAGUAUGACAUAGAUGAAGUGGUGUAUGAUGAAGAUUCACCCUAUCAGAACAUUAAAAUUCUACACUCAAAGCAGUUUGGGAAUAUUCUCAUCCUCAGCGGAGAUGUUAAUUUGGCAGAGAGUGACUUGGCAUAUACCCGUGCCAUCAUGGGCAAUGGUAAAGAAGACUACACUGGCAAAGAUGUACUGAUUCUGGGAGGUGGCGAUGGCGGCAUAUUGUGUGAAAUUGUCAAACUGAAACCAAAGAUGGUCACUAUGGUAGAGAUUGACCAAAUGGUAAUUGAUGGAUGUAAGAAAUACAUGCGGAGAACAUGUGGAGAUGUCUUAGACAAUCUUAAAGGAGACUGCUAUCAGGUUCUUAUAGAAGACUGUAUCCCAGUACUGAAGAGGUACGCCAAAGAAGGGAGAGAGUUUGAUUAUGUGAUUAAUGAUUUGACAGCUGUCCCUAUCUCUACAUCUCCAGAAGAAGAUUCCACAUGGGAGUUCCUCAGACUGAUUCUCGACCUCUCAAUGAAGGUUCUGAAACAGGAUGGAAAAUACUUCACACAGGGGAACUGUGUCAACUUGACUGAAGCCCUGUCGCUCUAUGAAGAACAGCUGGGGCGUCUGUAUUGUCCUGUGGAAUUCUCAAAAGAGAUUGUCUGUGUCCCUUCAUACUUGGAAUUGUGGGUAUUUUACACUGUUUGGAAGAAAGCUAAGCCUUAAAGAUGAGCAUCCCCUGAAUGACGUGUGCAGCAAGCUACUUUCCUGACCUCCAUAUGCCGUAUAUGCCAUCAAAUGUGUCAGGCAACUGUUCAUGAAUUCCUUCAAGUGUUUUUCACUUUUAAUUAUUAUUUUAAUUUAAAAAAGCCAAUGGGAAAAAUGUAUAUUUUGAUGAGUUACGGUGUUAAUUUUUAAAAGUCAGCCGAAGGACAAUUAGAUAGCCCAGCAAAGACUGCAGAAUGCACUGACCCCCUAGAAUGUGAUUUUAGUAUCUUUUUUUUCUCUGUGUGGGGUUUGGGUUUUCAUUUUAGUUUCAGUAAACCUUUAAUUUGGACAUAUGGAGGAAUGAACAUCAUUGUUUUGUUCUGGAGAGAAGUUCCUGAUAGUGUUUCUCCCCUCUCCCUCCCAAAUUGACUUAGAUAUUAAAAUUUGGUGCUUUUAAAGGUUUAAAAAGAGUGAUUAGCAGUGCUUCAAUUAAAAUGACAAAGGAGACCUCU